AUGUCACUCGCGUCGGGAUUGUCGCUUGUUUCAGCUCCUCGUGUUUCCCUCCAGAGCUCCGUUGCUUGGCGAUCGGCUUACUCCGUCCGUGUGCCUUCGGUCACCGCCACCCGCAUCCACAGUGAUGCUAAGCGGCGCGCAGUGACGUGUCAAGCCGUGAUCGUGGCUGCUGCUGACGGCGCACCUGCCCCACCUGCGUUUGGCAAGGGCAACAUUGUGCGGGUGGACAAGGAGAAGUACCUCAGCAGCGUGGAGUUCAAGGCAGUGGACCAUCCGCCCUUCUUCACGGGGCUGGACUACAUUUACCAGGCCAGAGGCGAGAUCUUGGACCUCAAGGAAUUCAGCGGCACCCAGUAUGCACUGCUUUCUUGGGCUGGAGUGCCUACCCCCCCUGCCUGGCUUCCCACCAGCAUGCUCAUCAAG